CUCGUUCGUUCUCUGCUCUGCGUGUAGCGCCCGCUGGUGCACCCCGACGACCUCUGCACCUCCUCCCGGCACCUGCUACAACAUAUCGUGCCUCGCGUGACACGACCAUUGUCUGGACUAUUCUGUGCCUGCAGAAAUUUCUUUAAAUCACAGCAGGCACUCCGUCGUCCCACAACCAUGCCAAAGCCUCUGCAAAAGCGCGGCAGGCGCAUGAAGCGGAAGCAUGAGGACGGUCCAGAAGAAGAGGUCACUGGAACGUCUCCCAAACGACAAAAAUCAAGCGACGAGAAUCCCACCGGACCACUCCCCGAAUCGAAUUUCAUGUCCUUGCAAGACGCGGACGGGGACAUGUCUGGAGCCUAUCCUAGUGGCGGAGGUACCGAAAAGGCCUUCUUCGGCGUUCUGGACGAACAGGAACAAGAGUACUUCAAAAAUGCUGAUUCUCUGCUCGAGCAAAACGCUUUUCCCAACGCUGAAGAGCGCGCUGCCUUCCUACAGAGCGUGUUCAGAGAAGCAGACGACAAGGCGCUAAAACUUGCCCAAAGCCAGUCCUGCUCGCGAGUAUUGGAGCGGCUGAUCAAAUUGUCGACUGCUGCCCAAUUGAAAAGCUUAUUCCAGAAGCUCAGUGGCAACUUCAUACACCUGCUUUCACAUCGAUUUGCAUCGCAUUGCUGUGAGUCGCUGUUCACAUAUGCCGCACCUCAUGUCAGUGAUGAGCUCAAAGCCAAGCCAUCUGAUCUCAAGUCCCACAAUCCCGACGAUGUAUUCGUCUCCAUGGAAACUUUAUUCCUGCACACCUUAGCCGAGCUUGAGGGCAACUUUGGCUAUCUCUUGACAGAGAAAUAUGCGUCUCAUGCUCUGCGCAUUCUGCUACUCGUGCUCGCGGGAGAACCGAUCUCAACAGACUCAAUGAAAAGUCUGCUGCGAAGCAAACGCAAGGAAGGGAUUAAUGGCAAGGGUGGGGAGGAUGCUACUGGAAAGUCGCGAGUGGUGCCCAAAUCGUUUUCGACUGCCUUGGAGAAGUUAAUUAGUGACAGCGUGGCUGGUCUUGAUACCGAUAAGCUGCGAGGUUUGGCCACUCACCCGAACGCGAAUCCGACACUCCAGGUUUUGCUCACCAUCGAGCUUACACACUACGGGAAACAGCGUGGCAAAGAUGAGAAAUCGAUCAUACGCACAUUAUUGCCUGACGAGCCGUUCACAGCAGAGUCUCACAGUGCAGCGUUCCUUUCCGGCCUGGUUUACGAUCCCAUCGGCUCUCAUCUGGUCGAGAAAAUCAUCCAACAUGCUCCUUCGAAGCUAUUCAAGAGCAUGUACAAAACCUUUUUCAAGGAGCGUCUAGCAUCUCAUGCGAGGAAUGAAGUCGCAACGCACGUUGUGUGUCGAAUACUGGAGCGAUUAGGCUACGACGAUCUACUCGAAGCUCACGAAAUCCUGGUGCCGGAGAUACCUGGCCUACUACAGAAGCGCUGGACUUCGAUGACGCAGACGAUGAUUGAGCGCUGUACUGUGCGAGACAUUGAUACCCAGGCGAUUGCUGUACAGAUUGAUCGGUUUUACCAGGGCGGGAAGGGCUUCGACAUCGCGAAGAUGCUCUUUGUGACUGAAGAGCCCGGUCACGCAGAAAAAACUGCCAAUGCCUCCAAUCCAGGUGGUCCUACUGGGACUGGUUCCAACACAACAGCCACAUACUUUCCGCGACCUGCUGAGCCGACCAAAGUGCAUUUCAAUAUUCUCGCUCAAGCUAUGCUGCUCGUUCCAGGGUCCCUAAGCUCGUUGAUUCUCGAUGCAUUGAUUGAUCUUGACAAGUCCACCAUACUCAUGAUGUCCAAGGACUACAUCGUGACGAGAACUAUUCAACAUGCCCUCACUACGAAGAAUGCUUCGAUGGUGACGAGGAGAAAGCUGAUUGCUCGAUUUCAAGGAAACAUUGGAGAUAUGGCUCUGGACAAGUCUGCGUCGCAUGUUGUAGAUUGCAUUUGGGAGGGGACGCAUGGGCUUGCGUUCAUUCGAGAGCGUAUAGCGGAAGAGCUGGCCGAGAAUGAAGCUGCCUUGCGCGAGUCACCGAGCGGAAGAGCUGUGUGGAAGAAUUGGAAGAUGGACAUAUACAAGAGGAGGCGGCAGGAAUGGGUCAGACAAAGCAGAAUCAAGGCUAGCAACGACGGAUUUCAAGCGUUCUCCGAGAUUGAGGCCAAGCAAGAGAGUGGCACUAAGAAGACACCACUCCAGAUGGCAAGAGAACGGCAUGCACAGAACAAGGCCAAGUCUGAAAAGAAGGAGAGGGAGAUGAUGCAAGAAGACGGAGACAUACAACCUACAACGGAAAAGAGGUCGAGGUCAAGCAAGAGUUCCCACGGCUCCAUGUCAAGCGCUAGCACUCGGCCGCAGCGCCUCCUAACAGCGGUGCAACAACUAGUCACGAGCUUCAUACAAAAGGCGGACGACGAUGCAUCAAGCAAAGCACAAGGCAAUAACACUGGAAAGCCAGUCGAUGGGCCUCGAAGUGUUUUGCUAGAGCAACACACUCCGAAGGAGCUGCGGCAUUUAAUGGGCUGUGUUCUGCCUGAGCAUGGUCUGGGUAGGGAUGGCUUCAUCGAUAUGGUCAAGAAAACAUUCCAAUACAGCGUAAACGUAUGGGAUCAAGGCUUCCUCGACAAGCUCUACGCCACAACCACGCCUGUCGGACUGGCCGCGGAUCUUGUGCUCAGCUCGCUCAACACGAACUUGCACGUCUACCAAGUCUCACCGGCCCUGACGAUCAUCGAGAAGCAGACUGCACGUGCGUUAGCUGAGCUCUUCGGGCUCACAGGUGUUAACUCGGGCGGCGUCAGUCAGCCUGGAGGAUCUGCUGCGAAUCAAUCCAGCAUGGUCAUUGCUCGCAACAAUCUUUUUCCCGAAACCAAGACUGAAGGCAAUGGUAGCAGACGGUUUGUGUUGUUCACUUCAGCUCAUGGCCACUAUAGUGUCGAGAAAGCCGCACAGAUGUUUGGAUUCGGGUCACAAGCUGUACGAGCCGUCGAUGUGGACGAGCGAGGUUGUAUGAUACCUGCUGCACUAGAUGCGGCGAUCGAAAAGGCCAAGAAUGACGGUGAAACGCCAUUCUACAUCAACGCUACUGCUGGCACGACCGUUCUGGGCUCAUUUGAUCCCAUCGACAAGAUCGCGCCCAUCGCACGCAAACAUGGCCUCUGGCUGCACGUUGACGGCAGUUGGGGCGGCUCGGUUGUCUUCAGUGACAAACAACGCUAUAAGCUUCGAGGGAUCGAGCUCGCAGACUCGAUUUCCAUCUGUCCCCACAAGAUGCUCAACGUCCCUCUGACCUGUUCCUUUCUCCUCGGUAAGGAUCUGAGAGAGUUCCACAAAGGCAUGACGCUGCCAGCAGGUUACCUCUUCCACAACGCCGACGAUGUGGACAACGGAAGCGCCAUCAAAACAGACCCUUCGAGUCUCAUCCUGGAUACCGAAGUCCAACAGGAGUUCUGGGAUCUGGCAGACCUGACGCCACAGUGCGGUCGACGUGGAGAUAGCUUGAAGCUCGCCCUCAGCUGGAUAUACUAUGGCACAGAAGGCUUCAGGGAUUACAUCGACCACGCCUUUGACAUUGCAGGAGGUAUGGCAGCUCACAUUGUGAGUUCGAAGCCAAAGUUCUCGUUGGUCUCGGAGAACCCUCCGCCUUGUUUGCAGAUUUGCUUCUAUUAUAACAAGCAGACGGGUGAAGGGGCGGCGGAGAAGAAUUGUGCCAUCACGGAGAAGAUCUGUCACGGGUUGAUAGCACGGGGAUUUAUGGUCGAUUAUGCGCCGGGAGAGGAAGGGAAGUUCUUUCGGGUUGUGGUCAAUGGACAGACGAGGAGAGAAACAAUCUUCGGCUUGACGAAUUCGAUUGAGGAGAUUGCUGAGCAACUGGGUCUGUAA